AUGGAGGUGUCUAUGAAUUCGACACUGUUGUCAUCGUCACCUGAAACCUAUUGGGGUCAGUUUGAGGAAAUUUCCAAAUACAAUACUCACCUGGGUAUAAUCGAAAGACUCUGGACAGCAUGGUAUGCAUGGAUGCAGAAUGAUGUUCUGGCUACAGGCAUCAUGUCAUUUAUGAUGCAUGAACUUGUCUACUUCGGUCGAUCGCUGCCCUGGAUCUUUAUAGACAGUUUGGGAGUCCUCAAAAACUACAAGAUCCAAAGCAACAAAAUACCUUCAUUGCGCGAGCAGUGGAACUGCGCGAAAUUCGUAUUACUUAGCCACUUUACUGUUGAGCUGCCUCAGAUUUGGCUUUUCCACCCAAUGGCUCAGUUUUUCGGGCUUUCUACAUCAGUUCCUUUCCCAUCUGUGUGGACGAUGGCAUAUCAAAUUGCUAUAUUCUUUGUCUUGGAAGACACAUGGCACUACUUUUCCCAUCGUGCCCUCCACUGGGGUCCCCUCUACAAGGCCAUUCACAAAAUCCACCACCAGUACUCUGCUCCCUUCGGUAUGGCUGCCGAAUAUGCUUCUCCAAUUGAGGUCAUGAUCCUUGGGUUUGGCACUGUUGGUUGCCCGAUUCUUUGGUGUGCUCUGACUGGUGACUUGCACAUUUUCACAAUGUAUGUUUGGAUUGUGCUGCGUCUAUUCCAGGCCAUUGAUGCGCAUAGUGGCUAUGAGUUUCCUUGGAGUCUGCACCAUUUCCUCCCUUUCUGGGCUGGAGCUGAUCACCAUGAUCUCCACCACGAAAAAUUCAUUGGCAACUAUUCAAGCAGCUUUAGGUGGUGGGAUUACCUGCUUGACACUGAAUACUCGCCUGAUGCUAUCAAACGUCGGAGAGAGAACAAGGCUUCGGGCGCAGCAAAGAAGGCCCAGUAGCUUUAUUGGUUUAUCUUUUGUUCGGAUACAAAAGGGAUGCGUGAUGACUGGCCCUGUUUACUUGAUUGGGCAGAUGACUGGUGUACUCCCAUAAAUGGGUUACAGCUGUUUUACAGCAGUCUUUAUAAUUAGUUUAUAAUUAAUCAUAUUGCGGAAUUAAUAUAAUAUGUAAUAGUUUUAUGAUAUAU